AAGAAAAUGAAAUAUUUCCUGAUGAAAUUCUGCAGACUCCUCGUCGUGGCCCUGACUCUGCCUUUACAUCUUCUGGAGAUCACGGGUUUUUACGGUGCCUACAAACGGUUUUUCCCAUUUCUCGCCUACAACAUAACAUUUUCAUACAACGCCAAAGUACACCGGAUUAAGAGAGAGCUCUUCAGAAACGUGGGCACAUUUGCAAAUACCGACGGGACACUGCGUCUGCUGGAGAUCGGCUGCGGCAGCGGUGCAAACUUCAAGUUCUACCCGUACGGAUGCACGGUGAUCUGCACCGACCCCAACCCGCACUUCCAUAAGUACUUACGGCUGAGUAUGGACGAUAACCAGCAUUUGACCUACGACGAGUUCAUUGUGACGCCGGGGGAGGACAUGAAGGAAGUGCAGGACGAGUCCGUGGACGUCGUCGUCUCCACACUGGUCCUCUGCUCUGUCAAAGAUGUGCAGGGAGUUCUGCAGGAGGUCCGCCGCAUCCUUAGAACAGGUGGAGCCUUCUUUUUUCUGGAGCACGUCGUCUCUGAACCGUUCUCCUGGACGUUCUUCUUUCAGCAUGUGCUGGAACCUCUGUGGUACUACCUUGGGGAUGGAUGCAGGACUACCAGAGCAACAUGGAGAGAUCUAGAAGCUGCCGGUUUCUCUAAACUUCACCUGAAGCAAAUUGAGGCUCCAAAUGUUGCCAUGAUGAUAAGACCACAUAUUAUGGGAUACUCUAUUAAAUGAUUGCCAAUAACACUAUCGUAAUGGCAUUUUGCACUGUGUCCAUGUUUUUUUUAAUUAACAAAAACAUUAACUGUGUUGUAUAUUUUGAGUGAAAAUAUAUUUAUUUUCUUUUCAACUGAGCAACAAUUCAUAGACGGUUUGUUCUGUUCCCUCUCCUCCAGAGAUGAACAUAAUAAAUAUUAUCUGGACACUGUGCUUUUCCCUGAUUGUCUACAAGUAACUGUCGAGAAAGAACCUAACAAACCACACUAUAUGUCAUGUUUACCGUUACUCUUGAUAUUCCAUUGCACAAAAAUAAGGAAUGACAAUUGUAAAUGAGAAUUGCUGGUUUGCGAUAUAAACAAAUAUUCUGUCUGACGUUAUGUCCCAGGCAGAAUUUUGCAGAUGUUGUUAGAAGAAACAAAAGUUCAACAGCGACAUUAUGGCAAACACCAAUGAACAAGGAUACAAGUAGAAACAGAAAGUCAUAGUUAAAGCUCAUAAUUUCAAACCUGCCAGUAUUAAAAAUGUACACAACUAUACAUACAGAAUCAGCAAUCAUUUUUUUAAAAAAUCAGCAGGUGAGAAAAUGGCCAAUUUCUCCUUUUCUUAUUUUGCUGAGUAAAUCUUGUCUUGAAGUCUUGUAUCAAACAGAGUACAAAAAAAAGAGGAUCUCAGCCUGAAACGAAGUGUU